AUGGAACCGGCAGAAGCCGAAGCAUUCCUCAAGUCGCUACUUAAUAAGAACUUGCGCAUCUACACAACAGACGGACGAAUCUUUAUAGGGAACUUCAAGUGCACAGACACGCAUAGCAACAUAGUCCUAUCGCUCACCUACGAAUACCGCGAGCCUUCGCAGCAAAAACUAGCCGAAGCCAAAGCCGCGAGCUCCGCAUCCGGCGCGGACAAGGUAGCGCUAGACAUGACGUCGCGGUACCUAGGCCUGGUCGUCGUUCCCGGAGAGCACAUUGUCAAGAUGGAGGUUGAGGAGUUUUCAAGCCAGGUACAGAGCCGAUCGAUACUCGAACGGAGGGACAUAUACGGUUCUCGGUGA